AUGGCAGAUCGUAUGACUCGAAUGGCUGUCGUGAACACAGACCGUUGCAAACCGAAAAAGUGUCGGCAAGAGUGCAAGAAGAUCUGUCCUGUGAUCCUUUGUGGGAAUAUCAAACCGAACUUGGGGAGAUUCGAUAGAACUCCGGAUUGGAAAGAGAUUCUCACUUACUUCCGUGGAUCAGAGUUACAAAACUACUUCACAAGAUUUGUGGAAGAUGACUUGAAAUCGGUUUUGAAGAUACAACAUGUUGAUGAGUAUAGAGAGACUGAUGAUAUUGUGGAGACUCUGCUUCGUCGUGCGGACGAGAGAGGUGUGUUUUCAGAGCUUUGUGAUGAGCUUGAAUUGAAUCAGAUUCUUGAUAGGAAUGUGAAAGAUUUAUCUGGUGGAGAGUUACAGAGAUUUUCGAUUGGUGAAACCGCGAUGAAAGAAGCUGAUAUAUACAUGUUUGAUGAACCGCCUAGUUAUCUUGAUGUGAGACAAAGGCUUAAAGCUACUCAAGUGAUUCGAUCUCUUUUGAAAUCGAACAAUUAUGUUAUUGUGGUUGAGCAUGAUGUUAGUGUUCUUGAUUACUUAUCUGAUUUUAUCUGUUGUCUUUACGGUACACCGGGAGCUUAUGGUGUUGUGACGUUUCCUUUUUCUGUUAGGGAAGGGAUUAAUGUUUUCUUGGCCGGGUUUGGUCCAGCUGAGAAUCUGCGCUUUAGAGAUGAGUCUUUGAUCUUUAGAGUAACCGAGACACCGGAAGAGGAAGUAGCGUCCUAG